AUGACGACGCAGGAUCAGCAGGUGAUGCGACGGAAACUCGUCAUCAUCGGCGAUGGCGCAUGUGGAAAGACCUCUUUGCUUAGUGUCUUCACGCUGGGGUAUUUUCCCACGCGUUACGUGCCCACGGUUUUCGAGAAUUAUGUCACAGAUUGCAGAGUCGAUGGAAAAUCGGUGCAAUUAGCGCUCUGGGAUACAGCAGGUCAAGAAGACUAUGAGCGUCUACGACCACUGGCGUAUAGCCAGGCACAUGUCAUUUUGAUCGCAUUCUCAGUCUCGAGUCCGGACUCACUGCAUAACAUCACAACCAAAUGGCAUCCUGAGGUUCUAGAUCGUUGCCCUGACGUUCCCAUCAUUCUAGUUGGUCUGAAGAAGGACCUGCGCGAUGACCCCGUUGCGCAAGAAGAGAUGCGCAAACGCAGCGAAAAGUUCCUCCAAUCCGAGGAGGGUGAAGAGGUUCGCAAGCGGAUUGGUGCCAAGAAGUAUCUGGAAUGCUCCUCAUUAACCGGUGAGGGAGUGGAUGAUGUGUUCGAAGCUGCAACACGACAAAGCCUUCUCAGUGGGGAUCGGAAAGAGACCCGAGGCUGCUGCGUUAUCUUGUGA